AAGGUCGAAGUACAUGUAGGGCAUCACGUGAGCCAAGAAACCUCAAGAACUCUGUAGAAGUUUAGUAGCUCGUUUGGGUACUAGAAAUGACGGAUAGUUUGACUCCUGGGAAGCAAUUAUACAAUGCUGCUAGGGAUGGGAAUAUAGAGGGAAUGAAGCUUGCCCUAUCCAGGGGAGCAAAUAUUAAUUGGAACAAUCCCAAUGUGGGUAACUGGACACCAUUGCAUGUAGCAGCUUCUAGGAACAAGGUUCAGUCAAUUUCCUUCCUGAUCAAAGAAAACGCUGAUAAGAAUUGUGGAGACAAGGUAAGCUGUACAUGUACCUUAUACUCUACAUUGAAAAUUUUACAAUCAGUUAUGCUGACAUUAAUAAUUUGAUGUAAUGGA